AUGAAGAUAAUCUGUGUUUUUUCCGCUGUCUGGCCCUCCACAACGGUUGCCAUACUAAGAACCUAGAAAGAGAUACCAAGCACUAUUACCAUCAGUAUCGAGACGCUGGCCUAUCCAAAAAGAAGUUCCAUGGGGUCAAGUUGUCCGAACUAGACGACCUAGAAAAAUUGUAUGAAGUGAAUAUUCAAGUAUACAGUCUCGCGCCUACUCAGAUCCACAGUGAAGACGAAGACAAUGAAGAGAAUACUCCCGAGAUUGCCGCUACACUCCUCCGCCGCACACAUCGCCACUACUCCAGCACACUCUACUUGAACCUCUACGAAAACCAUUUCUCGUAUAUUAAAGAUCUCGCCCGGUACAGUAAAUCCUUCUGCUGUUCUCGCUGCGGCAAGCACUGGAAAGAUAUGUGGAAAUGUCAGCAUCAUGAGGAAACCUGUGACGGCAAAGUCCAGCUGAAGUACCCAGGCGGAGCUUACCAUGUACCAAAGACUGUCUUUGAGCAACUAGAAGACGAAGGCAUCAUCGUCCCUGAAGAAGCACGCUAUUUUCCCUACCAUGCAACCUUCGAUUUUGAAUGUUACUUCGAUAAAGAGAAAGCUCAAGAAUUAAAGAACACAGACAAGUUGAAUUGGCAGUCACCUCAUGUGCCUUUGAGUGUGAGCGUCUGUGGUAACGUGCCUGGUUACCAAGCACCGAAAUGUUUCGUGUCUAACAGCGACCCAAACGAGUUCAAUACAGAAUUUAUCCAGUACCUCACCAAGAUAAGUCUGAAAAGUUCCUCUCUGCUUCGUGAACAGUACGCAGACGUAUUUGAAGCGCUCAAGACCGCAAGAGCCCCUAAAACGAGAGACGACCAGUUGGCGCAAAUUCUGGUAGACAUCCAAGAGGAAAGUCAUCAAGCUGAAAGUGAGGAAAAUGAAAAUAGCGAAGAAGAAUUAAGUGACUACGAAAAGGAUAUCGACUUAAUGACAAGCGAUGAUGAAGACGAAGAAGAAAUUGAACCGGAGAACGAAGAAGAUGGCGCCUUUCUCGAUGAUGAGACGGAAGAGCAGGAAGAUAUAUCUUUUUACAGAAGACUGAACGAAGAGUUAGACAGUGGGAGGAGACAAAAGAGAAGACAACAGCGACAAGAACUGGCCAUGUAUGAAGACAUGUUGUUUGGUCAAGAUCAAAGCAACGACAACAAAGUGUUGAACGAACUAGAAGAAAAACUGAACGUUUAUCUUAAUGAACUACCCGUGCUAGGCUUUAAUUCUGGCAAGUACGAUCUCAACGCUGUGAAAGAAAAUUUGUUUCCCUACCUCAAUGAGACUCAACCCAUCAAGUUCACUGUCAAAAGAAACAACAACCAUAUGUGUCUCAAGACAGAUUUUCUCAAGCUCCUGGACAUUUCGAACUAUGUUGCGCCGGGAUUCAGCUAUGACCAGUUUGUAAGAGCUUAUGAAUGCGAACAGACCAAAGGGUUCUUCCCGUAUGGGUGGGUCGAUGGGUUAGAUAAGCUGAACGAGACAUCACUACCCCCUCAUGCUGCCUUCUAUUUAUCU